AAAAUUGUUUCAAGGUGAUCCACUACUCCAACGCCUAGUCUAUAUAGGGUAGCUAGCACAUAUCCAUUAGAAGAUACUAGAAGCCCUUUGAGUUGAGAAAAAUCUAGACCCGCACUCGUAACUUAAAUCCCCACUGUACAAGUCUUCGACGUAAAACCCGAAAAAAAACAAAAGCACCGCGCCGCAGUCACAGUCUCAAACAAAAUGGAGCCGUCGAAGCUGAGAGAACUGAAGCAUUUCAUCGAACAGUGCAAGUCCAAUCCUUCAACUCUCUCCGAUCCUUCACUUUCGUUCUUCCGCGACUACCUUGAAAGUCUUGGCGCUAAUCUUCCCGAAUCUGCUUAUUCCAAAUCGAAUCCCGUGGAGAGCGAUGAUGAUAUUGAUGAUGUUGAGGAAGAGGCAGUGAAGGUGGAGGAAGUAGAGGAAGAUGAAAUUAUUGAGUCUGAUGUUGAGCUCGAGGGUGAAACAGUGGAGCCUGAUGAUGAUCCUCCACAAAAGAUGGGAGAUUCUUCUGUUGAGGUUACUGAAGAGAAUCGCGAGUCUUCGCAGUUAGCUAAAGCUAAGGCAAUGGAAGCCAUUUCAGAAGGUAAAUUGGAGGAGGCAAUUGAGAGUUUGACUGAGGCAAUUAUACUCAAUCCUACCUCUGCCAUAAUGUAUGCAAACCGAGCCAGUGUUUACAUCAAAAUGAAGAAACCUAAUGCAGCCAUCCGCGACGCAGAUGCGGCUUUGGAGAUUAAUCCUGAUUCUGCUAAAGGAUACAAGUCACGUGGUAUAGCACGAUCAAUGCUAGGUCAGUGGCAAGAAGCUGCAAAGGAUCUCCAUGUGGCCUCAAAUAUAGAUUAUGAUGAAGAAAUAAGUGCAGUACUUAAGAAGGUUGAACCAAACGCCCACAAGAUUGAGGAACACCGUCGGAAGUAUGAUAGGUUGCGCAAGGAAAGAGAAGAGAAGAAAGCUGAGCGUGAGAGGCAACGUCGCCGUGCUGAAGCUCAGGCUGCGUAUGAGAAGGCCAAAAAGCAAGAACAAUCAUCUUCCAGUAGAAAUCCUGGAGGCUUUCCCGGUGGCUUUCCUGGUGGGUUUCCCGGGGGCAUGCCUGGUGGAUUUCCCGGGGGCAUGCCAGGUGGCUUCCCUGGGGCUGGAGGCAUGCCGGGUGGAUUCCCUGGAGCUGGGGCUGGAGGCAUGCCAGGUGGUUUCCCUGGAGCUGGGGCUGGAGGCAUGCCAGGUGGUUUCCCUGGAGCUGGGGCUGGAGGCAUGCCAGGUGGAUUCCCUGGAGCUGGGGCUGGAGGUAUGCCAAGUGGAUUCCCUGGAGCUGGAGCUGGGGCUGGGGGCAUGCCAGGAGGGGUGCCUGGAAAUGUUGAUUUUAGCAAAAUCUUGAAUGACCCAGAUCUGAUGACGGCAUUUAGUGAUCCGGAGGUCAUGGCUGCUCUUCAAGAUGUUAUGAAGAACCCUGCUAAUUUGGCCAAGCAUCAAGCAAAUCCUAAGGUGGCCCCUGUAAUUGCAAAAAUGAUGAGCAAAUUUGGAGGAGCCCAGUGAACACAAUCUACAUGUUUGAGAUUUUAGCAUUCUGAAUAUUUAAUAUUUAAUAUUUAAUGUUAAUGUUAAUUAUGUUGCAAUUUUUCUGUACUAUUAAUAUAUCAACAAACUUUUUUGGUAUGGAAAGCUUGAUUUGUA